AUGAGAAUAUCCUCCUCCUCCAGGAAUUACACCAUAUGCACGUGUAGGGAUUUCUGCUCCUGCUGCACACGUGAAAGGUGUCUGAGCUGCAGAGGAGCUGGAGACUAUGGACCAGAGACCAAGUCGACGGCUGGCUCCUCCUCUGUCUUCUUCUCUAUCUAUUUCUCUGUCUCCCUCUCUUUCUCCUUCUCUGUCUCCUUCUCUGUCUCCUUCUCUUUCUCCUUCUCUGUCUCCUUCUCUGUCUUUGAGUGA